AUGGCUGCCCUGUGGACUCUCUCUCCUCUGCUUUUUGCCUGUCUGCUUUGGCCCGCAUGUUUGGCCCUGACUCCCGGAGCUGAGCCUCUGCAGCCCCAAAACCUGCCCUCCUCGCUGGGCUUAAACAGCAGCGAUGGCAGCCCGUCUGUGGAUCUUCCCAUGGCUCUAAGGGUUUUCAGCGUAGACUAUCACCAUGUGCAGGCUCCCUUUGAAAUCGUGCUGUGGAUCAUGCUGGCCUCGCUGGCCAAGCUGGGUUUCCACUGGUCAGGUCGGGUCCCAGCAGUGGUCCCAGAGAGCUGUCUCCUCAUCAUGGUGGGCCUUCUGGUUGGAGGAGUGAUCUAUGGCGUUCGCCACUCUGCCCCCCCAACCCUCAGCGCUGAUGCUUUCUUCCUCUUUCUGCUCCCGCCAAUUGUGUUAGACGCAGGAUACUUCCUGCCAGGGAGGAUGUUCUUUGAGAAUCUUGGCACCAUCCUCUGGUUGCUGUGGAACAUCCAGGCGCUCUUUUGCAAACUUCAAACAUGCAGCAAUGUUUUUCUUACCAGUGUAUAUAAACAACGCACUGAGCCAAAUGGCAUUGUGACCUGCGCUGUGACCAUGAAGCAGUAUGUGGAGGCUAAUGUGUCCGAGCGCAGCAACACCAGCAUCCAGUACUUCCUGAAGAUGUGGAGCAGUGUGAGUGAGACCCUCAUCUUCAUCUUCCUCGGCGUGUCCACAAUACAGGAUGUCCACAUGUGGAGCUGGCCCUUCGUCUGCUCCACGCUGCUGCUCUGCCUCGUCUGGAGGGCCUCAGGUGUUCUCCUGCUGACCGCUGUGGUGAACAAGCUCCGGAGGAACACUGUGACAUUUAGAGAUCAGUUCAUCAUUGCCUAUGGAGGCAUGAGAGGGGCGAUCUGCUUCUCUCUCGUCUUCCUGAUCGAUGACUUCCCAAAGAAGAGACUCUUCAUCACAACUACCAUCGUGGUCAUCCUCUUCACUGUCUUUGUACAGGGGAUGACUAUUAAACCUCUAGUGGAGUUGCUGGAUGUGAAGAGGAAGAAGAGAGGUCUAAAUACAGUCAGUGAGGAGAUCCACAGCAGGCUCAUUGACCACCUUCUGGCAGGAAUAGAGGAUGUGGUUGGUUACUGGGGGCAGCACUACUGGAAAGACAAGUUUGAGCAGUUCAAUAAGAAGUAUCUUCGUCGUUUCCUGAUCCGUGACGAUCACCAGGCCCACUCCAGCAUCCUCAGAGUUUACCAGGAGCUGGAGAGAAGGGAGCAGAGGGGAGAUGAGGAGGCCCCCCCGCCAGUAGUGGACCACCGCUCCCACACCCGCCCCCUCUUGCCCGAGGAGAUGGAGAGCAUCCGGCGUAUUCUCUCAAGAAACCUUCAACACUUCAAUAACAUGCAGAGACCGGCCUACAGCAGACACACUUUGCACCAGGACGCCACCAUGGGUCGAGCGAGGAAGCCUCUCCACAGACACCAGAGUCUGGGAGAAAGAUGCACGUACAACACUCAGGGGGAGGAUGGAGAGUUUAACGGCUCAUGCAGAGGGAGAGCAGGACUCAGCAGGUCCCACACAGUGUGCUCCAUGAGCCCAAGGCCUGUCCUGCAGGACGCAUCAGUCCCAGCAGCUUCAGCUCAGACCAGAGGACGAGUGGAUCCGGACUCUGAAGCUUUCAGAGAGGAGCAGAUCUCUCCAGAACAACAUGAAGCCCCUGCGGAGAGAGCCGCGAGGAAACAACUCAGCUUUGUUUUGGAGAGCGAGAAGCAGCCAUGAAGGCAGAAUGUGACAAAGAAGACAUUUAAAAUGGA